AUGAUCCACGAAGCUUCUCAUAUCACCUCCGGGCUGCCAGGCCCUGCACAAGAGCCAGCAGCGCCUACCCACGGCAGAGUGGGCACAGAGCAGGCGACGCUUUUUCUUUCGACUAGCACGGACGCGCACGGCAGCACGGCCGCGUUUCGCCGUCCCCAUGGCGCUGCGUUUUCCGCAGGGACGUGCCCUGCUGCUUCGCCUUUCUUCCCUCCGUCUUCCCCUCACGAGUUCGUGCCCAGCGGCGCGCCCUCACCAUCUUCGGCGCAGGCGCCACGUUCGCGUGGGCACUCGACGACGGCCGCGGGGGCGUGUGUUGCACCUGUCACGGAUUUGUGUAUUGAGGCGGUGGGCUUUGAGCGCUGCCGCGGAAACGGCGAGUUUUAUGUGGAGUACAGUUUUCUCUUGAGCCACACUGGCAGUGUCUCUUCUCCUCAUGGCACGCGUCGUGCCGGCCUUCACCCUCGACAUGCAGGCGAUGCCAGCGGCAGUCCAGUCUGCACCUCAGGGAGCGCGGGCAGACCUGCCUCGUCGCCGGGGUCGCCACGCGCGAGUGCGUGGAGACGUUGCGCGGGCGGCGUCGUUCAGAGCGGAGGGGGAUCCGCUUCGUUGCGCGCCUCCUCAGGCCGCGGCCUCACUCCGCGCUUCGCGUCAGCGUCGCUCCCUCACUCUGCAGAUCUCUUCCCGCUGGUGCGUCAGGAACUCGAGCUCGCUGUCCUUCCGCCUUCUCUGGACGUGGUGUUUGUCCGCUCCGGCGAAAGCGGGGAUUUUGUUGGCGAGCUCGAGCAGCCAGGGAGGCCCCGCUGCUCGGAUAUGCUUGACGCGCUGCGCUUUCCCAGCCACACGCAGCUCCUCUUCCCGCCAGUCGCGCGGCGGGAGGCGCAGCGGAGGCCGCCUCCUGCGGCGCCUGCUGGAGGACGGACGAACGAUGGAGGAAACGGAGAGAGCGGGGCUGGGCAGAUCCCGACUGAGGCAACCUGGCAGGCUGCGUCCUCGGCCGAACCGGGAGAAGUUGAGGGACGCGGAACCUCUUCCUGCUGCUCCGGCGAGGCAGCUGGCCUGACGCGUGGUGGGCAGCCUUGCGGCGCAGCUGAACCGACAGAAGAAGAGAGCGACACAGCAGAGCGACGACCUCGCGCGGAGGCCCAGACAGCGCGUGCGACUGGCGGGCGAGUGCCAGAGGUUGGGGACCCAUCGGCGCGGGCGCCGCUGUCGGCUGCCGAUGCAUCGGCGAGCGAUGAAGCAGCGAAUCCGCCGCCGAUUGAGGUGCGGCGGCGGUUUCAGUCGUUUGUCUCACUCCAUAGGUACCUAGUCUCGAUCUACCCUCGCGUGCCGCCCCUGCCGCCUAAGCUUCCCCUCCUGCCUCUUCUCACUGCGCACGUUCAGUCACGCCCACCUUUUUGGACCGAGGAUCCGCGGGCACUCGCGUCGCUCUCUAGGGGGGUAGGAGGCAACGGCACGUCGUCACAAAAUGACGCCGCGUCACCUGCGCCUCGGCUCCGCUCUGCGGAGGCUCACAAGUCGUCGGCUUCUUAUUCUCUCUCGCCUUCUGCAUCGGAUCUUCCUCUGUUUUCCCUGUUCCCGCCCCCGGUGGUGGUGACCCCCCCUCGGCGCCGCCUGAGCACCAGCAGCAGCCGACUGGCGCUCCAGCUCGUUCAGCAGCGGCAGCGCCAACUCGUGGGCUAUAUCUCCGCUCUGCUGCAGCGCACCGACAUCAUGGGAGAUCCUCAAGUGCUUGCGUUCUUCAACGUGCUCCCGCCGGAGUCAGGCGAGACGCCUUCGGCCGCCCGCGUCCAUGCGACUCGCUGUCGCGACUGCGCCCUGCGCCUCAGCUCCUUCCAUCCGCUGCGGCCAUUUCUGCUUCUCCAGUUCCGCGGGGGGGCCUGCCGGGCGACCGGCGGAGUUUGGGCUACACUCGCUGGAUCUGCGGCUGACAGAGGCGAGGCAGUGAGUCAGCCUCGCAGGAGCGUCACCGGGGAUGCGGGAGGCCGGAGGAGGACGCGGCGACAGGAUCGCCAUGGUGCCGCGCAAGUUGCCGUUCUACCCAGUUCAAACGAGGCUGCGAGGGCUGUCAGAAGCCCUGAGCUUCGCUUCCUCUUUCUUCUCCAUCGCACGUCGUCUUCCUUCUUCUCCCGAAUCGCCGCUCGGUUGCAACACCGCGCCUCCGCAGCGGUGUCUCCUUUGAGGCUUCAGGAGGAGGUGAUGGCUGGGGACGCCGGCGCGCGGCCCAACAGGCGCGGAGAGCUUGAAGCCAGCGCGCGCCUGCCUGCGGGGAGAAGCUCGUCUCACCCGAAGCGGAUCUUCAAGAGCUCCGCGGCGCAGUCUUUCAAGCGGUCUUCAGUGGUGACCGUGACCUUCAGUUCUUCCUUGUUUCUCCAGGCGCCGCAUGCCCUUCUGAGUCUUCCCUUCACUGCGCCUGGUUUGCCAACUGCGCACGUCACAGCCCCCCCGAGCGGGCGACGGGCUCUGCUGUUGGGCUACGGAGGCCACACGGAAGGCACCUCGGAGCUGGACACGAGCAGCGAAGGCACAAGCGUGCAGAGCGAGAGGGAGGACGAGGCUCCCACUCCUGCUGCGGUCUCGGGUUCCACAAGUGACCGCGGGAAAAACGAACGCGACGCUGUCGCCUCUUCGUCUGCGGGCAGGAGGGUGAGCCAGGCUUUUGCGGGGGAGGAGGCGGGCGGGGCCAGCUCGCCCAUCCCAUCAGGCUUGCGGUCGUCCCUGGGUUCUGCUUCAAGCAGUCCUUCUUCCUCCCCUGCUCAAAUCUUUUCGUUCUCUUGUCCCGGAUCCGCUGCUUCGUCUGCCUGUGCGUCUGGCGCUGGGCGUCUAGAGUCGGCUCUGGGGAACUCCACUGCGCAGGCGUCUGAGAGUUCCUCGGCUUGCUGGAGUUGCUUGCGGCCUGCACAGCAGGAGCUCCUCAAUCAGUUUCGGCAGUUCCGUCAAGAAUGCGCAGGCUACCUGCCUCGCCGCGCGUCAAGCUGCUGCUUCUCCCCACUUCUGCGUCUUCUGUUUAUUGGGCUUUCCAGCGGCACGAUCGCCUGCGGUGCGGUCUUCCCCCCGGCUCUCCCUGCGCUGUGUUCUUCGUCGCCCGCGGCGCGUGCUUCUCCGCGGGCUCCUUCUGCUGGUCGUCCGCUUUCGAACGAGCGAAUUUCUCAGCCAACGCUGCGCUGGUCGGACGCAGGAUGCCGCGAUGUUGCAAACUGUGAGCGACACGACGACGACGACGACGUUGCCGGGGCUGCGGCAGCCCUGACGGGACUGAGUGGUCCGCAGGGAAGAUGGUCAGGUGCGGGCGGAUCCCGGUCUCGUGCUGCUCGGGCAGUCUCUGCCCGUGCGUCGUUCUCCGCGUCGAGUCUGCCUCUCAGGAUUCUGCCGUCUGCCACGUUUGCUCAGACCACGAAUGACGAGGUUGGGGGCCUGGAGCAGGUGCAGCAGCGGUAUCUGACGUCGGCGCACCGUCGUCGUCCGUUGGCCUUCUCACCCGACUUGGCUUUGCUCAGAAAAGACGACCGCGUGGGGGGGCUCUCGCGGAUGAAGCUGCUUGUGCGACUCCGCCCAGCACGAGCGCGGAGUGACAGCCUGCCUCCUCAGUCCAGCGUUGGUCCGUCUGGAGUCUCGAAUCGGCACUGCGCAGUCCACGCAUCUUGCGGCACGCAUCGCGGCGAUGUUCCGUCCGAGAGGCAGCCCGCAGGGGGCCCUUCGCGUUCUCUUUUUGGGCUCCGUGGUGGCCUCGUCGCGCCACCUGCGGUUCAUGCUUCUGCGCCUGCACACGGCCUUUCAGCCAGGCGCAUCCCGUCGUUCCAGCCACACCGUGGCAGCGUCGCCGUCCUCUUGACGCUGGAUGUCCCGCUCGGGAGGCCGGAGGAGACUGUCACUUUGUUGGUAUCGGCCGCGCGCGAUCGCCAGCUCUGCGUCCACCUGGCGGCGACAGGCGAGUUGCUUUGUCGGCAAGAGAUUGCCACGAGGGGGGCUCCCCGCGUGGCGCGCGCAGACGAGCUUCUCCGGCUGUUGUUCUUCGGCUGCGAUGACGGGAGUCUGUGUGUCUACCGCCUCGUUCUUCUUCCUCCCUCACUGUCCCGUUCCAACGCUCUCGGCAGCCCAAAGCGCCCUGCAGUUAGAGAGGGCUCCAGCGGGAAGAGUGACCCGCUCUGUCGCGUGCGUCUCGUCGUUGUCUCGGUCGCCGGCGGAGGCUCUCCGAACCCCGCGCCGGAGGGCCUAGCGUCGUCUAGCUGCGGGAGCGGCGUCGAUGGACGCCGCGGGCGGCAGAUGAAACCAGGCGUAAAAGUACACUCUGGGGGUGGCAGUCCACCUGCUGCUCCUGACACUUUGCACAGUUGCUCGUGCUCUCCAUCUCCCCGACGAGGGUCGCCUGAUCAAACCCGGACACACUGUCGAGACAUAGAGGCGAUGUGCCUCGCGCCGGAAAGGCAGCUGCUCUUCACGGCAGCAAGCGAGGGAUGGGUUCACGUGUGGAGGUACCACCUCGAUUCGUCGGCCUGUCCUUCUCCUCGUCCAGAAUCGCCCUCGGGGACUCUGUCGACCGAGCCCGUGGGCGACAACGCCCAGACGCCGCUGUCCUUUCCGCCUGCCGCGAGUCGCUCGCCCUCCACGCAUGCGGCCCUUUCGCGUCUGCGCCAGUCCCCAGCGUCUCCUGGGCAUUUUUGGAGGGACUCGGUCGAACUCCCAGAGCGCUCAUCGGUGCCGGUGCUGUCGGCAGAAUCUGCAGACAGGCCUGCGCAUGCUCUCGUCACGGGGGUCUUCCCCCAGCCCAACGCGUCCAACGGCUCAGACGGUUCGACGGACGCAGAGGUGGCGGGGGCCUUCUUCCAACGCAGAAGCGAGGAGGCAUCAUCCGGUGGGACGCCGCCACGUGCUAACCGUGAGGACAGAUUCUGGAGUCUGUUUCAGGAAAGUCUCGUUCGGCUCGAGCUUCUAGGGCGCCUCGAUUGCAUACCUGCGAAGAGCCGGGUGGGCGCGCUGGCCUGGUGGGUAAAGGGAAGUGUGCUCGCUGUUGCGAGCACGGAAAGGAGGCGAGGCCUUCUUCGCUCGGGUUUCCUCUCAACUGUGGAUCGCCCAGGCGGCAGAAACGAUGGGAUGGGAGGUAUGAUUUCGUUUGUCGCGUUGGGAGCGGAUCCGCCGCGCGGUCUCAGAGGAGGUACACAGCCCCGGAGAGCGCGUUCGCCGCUAUCUGGCUUGUGGCAGCCGCCCGACCGGGACUGGGGACACGCCGGGUGGAGCGAGGAUAGCGAACAUUGUCCUGUAGAUGACUCGAUGGAAGUUAAGGCACGGAGAGCAUCUGACGCCAGACCGCGGCUUCCCGUGUCGGGAGAGAAGGAGGCGCCAGAGCGAAAUGUGGGGUUUUACGGGGGGAUGGUGUGUGUGUGGCGAGCUCAUGCGGAGGGUAUCGUCGAUUUGUGGAUGAUGGAGGAAGAAGACAUGAUGAUGAGUGUUGACAAGGCGGGCGUCGUCAAGCUCUGGCUUCUACCUCCUGUCCAAUGA